GCCCAGGCCUGACGUGUGUCCCCCUGUCCCUCAGUCCAUCCUGACCGUCAGUCUGUCCUACAUGGUGGGGAUGAUCGCCAGUUUCUACGACACCGAGGCCGUCAUCAUGGCCGUGGGCAUCACCGUCGUCGUCUGCUUCACCGUCGUCAUCUUCUCGCUGCAGACCAAGUACGAUUUCACCUCGUGCCGGGGCGUUCUCAUCGUGUGCCUGGUCGUGCUCAUCCUCUUCUCCAUCCUCUGCAUCUUCAUCCGCAACCGCAUCGUGGACAUCGUCUACGCCUCGCUGGGG